CCAACCAUAGAUAGAGUAACCAACUAACCAAUAAAUAAUAACAAUAAAAUUAAUGUUUUAUGAAUUAGUUUUUCGUGAAAUAUCAGAAAACUAUAAGGAAUAAGGAACAUUCAGAAAAUGUCUCAAGAAUCGAAAAUUUCCCUACAUUUAGAUGUGAAUAAUGGAAUGGACAGGGUAACCGAAUUAGUUCAAACAAGACUCAUUGAAUGUGGUUGGAGGGAUCAAGUGAGAUUGGCUUGCCGUAAGGCAAUUACUGAAAGUAAAGAUAAGCAAGUACCCACAGUGGAUGAGUUAAUAGCUACAGUUACACCUAAAGCAAGAAGUAUGGUUCCAGAUUCAGUUAAACGAGAAUUACUACAUGAAUUAGAAAUGAUUCUAGUUAAUGUUGAUAGGACUGGUUAUGCAAAACAUUUUUAACAUGUUUACCAAGUUUAAGUUAUUAUUUUCCAAAUAUGGUAAUUUUCUUUUCAUUUGUCUUAUUUGUGAUAUUUUGGGUUAUUUGACUGCAAAUUAAUUUAUAUGUUGCAUUUUUUAAAACAACACAUUCUAAAACAAUGAAUUCAUUGUGAAAUUAUAUUUUCAUCCAAUAAAUUAAUCCUAAAUAAUUUUUUCAUUAAAAAGAUUCAAUGUG